GGGCGGGGCGGACUGCGGAGAGAAGCAGGAAAACAAAGAUGGCGGAGCGGCGGUGGUGAGCGGACAUGUCGGAGGAUCGGGAGGAGCCGGCGGCGGCCACUAUGGCCUCAUCAUCAUCCAUCCCGGAGACCGAGGAGGCGGGGAGAGACUCCGAGCAUGACUGGCCGCCUAAGAAGCGCCUGAGACCGGAUCCCGAACACCCCGGGGGCGCCGUCCGCCUGGAGGAGAGACUCUACUCCGUCCUCUGCUGUACCGUGUGCCUGGACCUACCGAAGGCCUCCGUCUACCAGUGCACCAACGGGCACCUGAUGUGUGCCGGCUGUUUCAUCCACCUCCUGGCGGACGCCCGGCUGAAGGAGGAGCAGUCCACCUGCCCCAACUGCCGCUGCGAGAUCAGCAAGAGCCUGUGCUGCCGGAACCUGGCGGUGGAGAAGGCGGUGAGCGAGCUGCCCACGGAAUGUGGAUUCUGUAUGAAGGCUUUCCCUCGCGCCCUACUGGAGCGGCACAAGAAGGAGGAGUGCCAGGACAGAGUAUCGCAGUGUAAAUACAAGAGGAUUGGCUGCCCUUGGCUGGGUCCCUUCCACGAGCUGACCGCGCACGAGUCCGAGUGUUGCCACCCCGCCAAAACCGGCAAUGAGCUGAUGGAGAUCUUGGACGAGAUGGACCAAAGCCACAAGAAGGAGAUGCAAUUGUACAACAGCAUCUUCGGCCUGCUGAGCUUCGAGAAGAUCGGUUACACAGAAGUGCAGUUUCGACCCUACAGAACGGAUGACUUCAUUACCCGCCUGUACUAUGAGACUCCGCGCUUCACAGUUCUCAACCAGACCUGGGUUCUGAAGGCCCGCGUCAACGAUUCAGAAAGGAACCCCAACUUGUCUUGCAAGCGAACCCUCUCCUUCCAACUCAUCCUAAAAAGCAAGGUCAAUUCUCCCGUGGAAUGCUCCUUUCUGUUGCUCAAAGGCCCCUACGACGAUGUCAAAAUUCACCCGGUCAUCUACCACUUUGUCUUCACCAACGAAAAUAAUGAGACUGAGUACGUGCCCCUACCCAUCAUAGACUCCGUGGAAUGUAACAAACUUCUGGCUGCGAAGAACAUCAAUCUGCGGCUCUUUAUUUUCCAGAUCCAAAAGUGAAGGCUGGCCACCUGCAGAACCAUACUUACCUCAUCUAGCUCCCUUACUCCAGCCCAACUUUUCCUCCUCCAGUAGACAUGGUUGCCUUUCCAUGGUAGGGGAGGGUGGAGAACCAAGCUCUUUCUCCUCCAGUAGACAUUGUUGCCUUUCCGUGGCAGGGGAGGGUGGAGAACCCAACUUUUCCUCCUCCAGUAGACAUGGUUGCCUUUCCAUGGCAGGGGAUGGUGGAGAACCCAACUUUUCCUCCUCCAGUAGACAUGGUUGCCUUUCCGUGGCAGGGGAGGGUGGAGAACCAAGCUCUUUCUCCUCCAGUAGACAUGGUUGCCUUUCCAUGGCAGGGGAGGGUGGAGAACCAAGCUCUUUCUCCUCCCGUAGACAUGGCUGCCUUUCCAUGGCAGGGGAGGGUGGAGAACCCAACUCUUCCUCCUCCAAUAGAUAUGGCAGGGGCAGGAUGGAGAACUUGACUCUCCCCCCUAUAGUAGAUAUGACUGCCAUUCCCCUUGGCAGGAGAGGGUGGAUAGUUGUGCAGGAUCCUUGCUGUUUGUUUUAGUUUGCUUUUAAUUUGUAGUUUGCAUGUGUAGAGUAGAGAUGAGCUCCGCUUUCAGUCUUGGGUAUACACCAUGGACAUUUACUACUAGGCCUCACUUCAGCUUGUCCACGUCCUGUUUUCUUGGUGUCCAGCCUGUUUGAUUUCUAGUUUUCGUUUUUCUCUUCUCCAAAAUUUUAUCUGAUUUUGUUUAUUUUUAUGUAGUUGAAGUAGCCUACUUAGGAACUGAAGAGAUCUUUGCAGGAGGUAGAAAACCCUAUAAGUUAGUAUUUUAUCACAUAGCUGAAAAAAUUCUACUAAAACUUUAUGAUGGCUUCCUGCCCAUUUUCUGUUGAGGUUUCUUUUCAUGUAUGAUAAUCUAGUGGAAGUUGAUAGUUAUCAAAGACUGUUCCACUGCUGGCAGGGUUUCCUCUGUGUGCAGAAUGCUCCGUUGGAAAGUUGAAGGACCCUCUCAAGCUUUAAUCCCUCUUUAUUUAUAUACGGCUGAGUAUCGGUUUCACCAGCCUGACGGUCUGACCCCCCCCCUAUGUAGCACACCCCAAUCCCACCAUAUCGUUUAUCAAAGCAGCAAAGCCACAGAGCUGGAACGUGAGCAGAUCACUCGCCACUUCUUAUUGCCAGUUUGGUUGAGGCAAUAAGGAGGUGUUCCGAAGUCCAUCACAAAGCUUCGUAGAUGAUUGAUGAGUAGCAUUGUUGAGUGAAGGUUCCCAAAUGUUGGUAAAUACCGCACUACCAUUACCCUCCACCAUUCUUUACCUACCUCUUGACUUCAUUCACUGGUAAACCAUUCUGAAUGACAAUAAAUCACAUUCCUUGCUUGGCUUUACUGUCUAGAUCAGCCUUUCCCAACCAGAGCUCUGUGGAACCCCAGGGUUCCUCCAGAGGUUGCUAGGAGUUCUUCUCAGAUAAGUAGCCAUAACACAAUGAUCUUUUUGUAGGGGAGAGUCUUCCUACUGACCGCAGAUGUAAUAAGCAAUCUUCCCACUAACUAACACACUAAUCUACCAUGAGAUGUAGACAUAACAAUUCUUAGGAGAGGGUUCCAUGACACCAUAAAGUUCUUUUCAAGGGUCCAAGGCUUGUCUAGAUUUUUUGCAAUAAUCCUUCACAUAGCAAACUUCCUCUGCUGCCCCUCACCCUGUGACUAGCCUGUGUAACAAUCCAUCACCUAGCACACUUUCUCUACUGCCUCUCACUCUGUGACCAGCCUGUGUAACAAUCCCUCACAUAGCACACGUCCUCUGCCUCUCACUCUGUGACCAGCCUGUAAAACGAUCAAAUAGCACACUUCCUCUGCUGCCCCUCAUCCUGUGACUUACCUGUGUAAAAAUCCCUCACAUAGCACACUUACUCUGUCUCUCACUCUGUGAACAGCCUGUGUAACAUCCAUCACAUAGCACACUUCCUCUGCUGCCCCUCACUCUGUGACUAGCCUAUGUAACAAUCCCUCACCUAGCACAUUUCCUCUGCCUCUCACUCUGUGACCAGCUUGUGUAACGAUCACCUAGCACACUUCCUCUGCUGCCCCUCACUCUGUGACCAGCCUGUGUAACAAUCCAUCACAUAGCACACUUCCUCUGCUGCCCCUCACUCUGUGACCAGCCUGUGUAACAAUCCAUCACAUAGCACACUUCCUCUGCUGCCCCUCACUCUGUGACUAGCCUGUGUAACGAUCACCUAGCACACUUACUCUGCUGCCCCUCACUCUGUGACUAGCCUGUGUAACAAUUCCUCACCUAGCACAUUUCCUCUGCCUCUCACUCUGUGACCAGCAUGUGUAACAAUUGCUCACCUAGCACAUUUCCUCUGCCUCUCACUCUGUGACCAGCCUGUGUAACGAUCACUUAGCACACUUCCUCUUCUGCCCCUCAUCCUGUGUAACAAUCCUUCACAUAGCACACUUCCUCUGCUGCCCCUCACUCUGUGACUAGCCUGUGUAACAAUCCCUCACAUAGCACACUUCCUCUGCUGCCCCUCACUCUGUGACUAGCCUGUGUAACAAUCCCUCACAUAGCACACUUCCUCUAUGGUCUCUCACUCUGUGGCCAGCCUGUGUAACAAUCCCUCAUAUAGCACACUUCCUCUGUCUCUCACUCUGUGACCAGCCUGUGUAACAAUCCCUCACAUAGCACACUUCCUCUAUGGUCUCUCACUCUGUGGCCAGCCUGUGUAACAAUCCCUCAUAUAGCACACUUCCUCUACUGUCUCUCACUCUGUGGCCAGCCUGUGUAACAAUCCCUCACCUAGCACACUUCCUCUAUGGUCACUCACUCUGUGGCCAGCCUGUGUAACAAUCCCUCACAUAGCACACUUCCUCUGUCUCUCACUCUGUGACCAGCCUGUGUAACAAUCCCUCACAUAGCACACUUACUCUACUGUCUCUCACUCUGUGACCAGCCUGUGUAACAAUCCCUCACCUAGCACACUUCCUCUGCUGCCCCUCACUCUGUGGCCAGCCUGUGUAACAAUCCCUCACAUAGCACACUUCCUCUGUCUCUCACUCUUUGACCAGCCUGUGUAACAAUCCCUCACAUAGCACACUUACUCUACUGUCUCUCACUCUGUGACCAGCCUGUGUAACAAUCCCUCACAUAGCACACUUACUCUACUGUCUCUCACUCUGUGACCAGCCUGUGUAACAAUCCCUCACCUAGCACACUUCCUCUGCUGCCCCUCACUCUGUGGCCAGCCUGUGUAACAAUCCCUCACAUAGCACACUUCCUCUGCCUUUCACUCUGUGACCAGCCUGUGUAACAAUCCCUCACAGCUGUCCACUGAAUAGUCCCCUAGUGCUGUAAAUGGUCAGGUCAGACAUUUAUUCAAGUAGUCUUCUGAUAGGUCGGCUUCCAGCUCUCAGAAUUGAUGAUAUAAAUUGACGACAUGGCUUCUCUGCCUGCUGGCCAGACGGUGACUUUGCUGCUAUGAGGUUUUAGGUUGGGGGGUAGAAUAUUUGGCCGUGGAAUGAAGUUCUAGGCUCUGCUCCCAUGAUGUGUAGGAGAGGGGACGUAGUGUUCUGUGGAGGUCUGAGCUCUUCCGUUCCCCCGAUCACACAGCGCCUCGCCCUUCACCAAUGGAAGCCCAGAGCCGAAUCCUACGCCCAACGGCUCCGAAGGCAGAAUCUGACCCUCGCUUUGCCAGCCGUCUGUGUAUGUUUUGUUUUAUUUCUCGCUAAUAAAUUAAUGGAUUGGUUCCUGCA